AUGGACACCUCCGGCCUAGAUGAAGAUGGCAAAGAGCCCAGCCAGCCCGAGAACAAGCAGGGACACAUGUUCACAGAAGAAGAAAUGGACAUCAACCUCUCGAUUCAGCAGGAGCACGCGGAGACUCCAGAAGAGUCUAGUAGUGACGAUGACACGCCUGGCAUGGUGCAUGUGGUGGCACGGUAUGUUGCUGGCUUACAAGCGGUUUCUCCUGACAUCAUCCGAGCCACACAUUGCCAUAAGGCCUUGCGUGGCUUGGGCAGAGCCUUGCGAGGUCGCCGCUCAGGGAACUACGACCGAAGUUUCGAAACGACCAGGAUCGACCAGUUCUGGUCCCACUCCUGGCAUGGCAGCGCAUGGCGCAAGAUAGCAACCAUGCUUAUGCUGAGUAAUGGUCUGUGGGCAAUUUGUUUUGGGAACCUGGCAGCACUCUGCAUGACCAUUUUGUUCAUCACGGGAGUGCUCCCUGGCUUCGAGCGUGUGCCAUACCUUCAAGUUGGUCGUGAAUCCUAUGCAACUGGUCCAUGGGCACUGCUUGGUGGAACAUUCAUCGCUGUCGUGACCUGCAUCACCUGGCGUUGCCGUACCAGAGUGUUUUUGGACGUGAUCUGCAUCCAUCAAGAUGAUCCGCGGAGGAAGACCGCGGCACUUGCCAGCAUAGGCGCUUUCCUCAAGCAUUCUGCUGCGCUCCAUGUGUUCUGGGACGAAACUUGGGCAGAAAGACUCUGGUGCGUGUUCGAAGCCGCAGCGUUCCUCAAGUGCCAGGCCAUGACGGGCAGCCAUGGCAACCUGAGCAUCCGACCGACGUACUUUGCAGUUUGCUCAGCUUGCGUAUUUGCUGGCACCUUUGCGGCGGAGCUGGCUGGAAUGGUCUGUUCGUACCAUGACGCUUGGAUAGCCGUCGCCAUCGUCGGGGUGCCCUACUGUGUGGGGUGCCGCCUGGCAAUCCAUUCCGUGCGCGGCUACUUCAACUCAGUUGAGACGAUGCUGACUCAGCUGUCAACCUUCGAGCUGUCGCAAGCGAAGUCGCACUGCUGUUCGGUGAAUCACCGCAGCAACAGCUCGCAGCCAAUCAUUUGCGACCGGGAGGUGACGACCAUCUGUAUUCGCAAGUGGUUUGGGUCGGUGAAGACUUUCGAAGAGUGUGUACGAUCGGAAACAUCCAAAGCCUUGGCCGAUCAAUUGGGAAGCUCAUCGUUUUCGUACUUGUGGGUGGUGCUCGUCAUGUCCCCGUCCCACUGGGCGAAAGUGGAUCAGGUAGCAGCACGUCUCCGUGCGGGCGAGUUGUAUGCAGGCGCUGUCGUAGCUGUCAUCAACACCACCUACUCGUUACUGAUAUUUCCGCUCAUCUAUCACUUCUUAUUUGCCAUUGCAUACUACGCACGCCGGCCUCGUGUCAGCUGCCUCGCCGAUGAGUUGAUCAACCUCGCCGUGCUCGUUGCGGUUGCUCCUGUAGCCAUUGUGUUCAUCAUCUUGCAAAGCUUGUGCGUGAGUUCCUUCGAGCCGCUGGUGGGCUCCAUUGCGUUUUUCCUGCUGUCUUUGGUGUUGGUGUCAGUUUCUUGGCGAUGCUCCAGCUUCACUCUCAUGCCAGCCCCCAGAGCCCCGAUGGCAUGCAUUGCACCGACAUCACUCGGCACUCGCCACUCGAUUGCCCAGUCACUGAGUGAAAUGGACAGGUCGUCAUCUGCCGCACAAGGACGAGACUAG